UGUUCGGUGAGCAUACGUUUUUUUCUUUAUCUGUUCUGCACUGAAGCGAUCUAUAACGCAUGUCAAAAUCAAGCACAGAUCUGUAAACUAUUCAUGUAAUACUACACUUAAAUCGGCGACUUGAACCCGGAAAGGUUGUAAAAUGGCGAGUGAAGAGGAAGACAGUAAGUACGUGAAUCAUUUGGAGGAAUCGAGUAGAAGGAUCUGCCAUGAUGAAUUGCAUGAACGAAAUGAUGCAGAUACGCUGAUUGCUGUACAAACCUUGCGGAAGUGGGUACUAGAGCAUGAGAGGCUUAGAACACCGACAGACUAUCGAUUUCUACUCCGUUUUCUUCGCUUCCGCAAGUUUAGUCAGCUUGAUGCCCGGAAAGCUUUGGAACACUUCUGGACUGUUCGAUGUUCCCACCCAGAGUGGUUUGUGGGGGAGGAUCCAACAGAUGAACUUAUGCAGAAGGUCAUACGAAUGCAAAUGAUGUGUUGUCCAAAACAACGAGACAAACACGGUCGACGCGUCAUGAUCAUGAAGUUUGACAAAGUCGAUGUCGAUUUUAUAAAGACAACCGGGCUUCACAAGUUGUAUAGAGCAAGUUCGCUCGUGCUUGACUGGAUGAUGUACGAUGAGCAUUUGCAAGUUGAAGGUCAUGUGAUGAUCGCCGACUUCCGGGGUUUAACGUUCGAGUUGUUUAAAGCGAUGUUCAACAGAGAAUUUGAGGAAAAGUACACAGAGUAUUUCCAUCACGCCAUGCCAAACCGAAUGAAGUCGAUGGAUGUUGUGAAUGAACCACAUUUCUUUGACUUGAUUUGGGCAAUGAUAGCUCCCAUAAUGCCACAGAAAAUGAAAGAUCGGUUCCACUUGCACGGUCAUAGCCUUGUGAAAAUAUACGAAGAGGUUGGGUACGAAUGUUUACCGGAAGAGUACUUACCGGAUGAGUAUGAUGGUCCAAAGUCCGGAACUUGCGAUGAAAUCGUUGAUGCAAUGCUAGAAGACAUGACGCAUCCCGAUUUUCUGGAGUAUAUCCGUGACCUCUCCAGCGGCAAAUACGGGGUUCACAAGGUCAAAGGUGAUCACAUGGAGACAGAGGGAUCGUUCAGGAAAAUUGUGGAAUAGCAACUAUCUUUACAACAGAAGCAAAACAUGUCAUUAAUAUGCAAUUGUUGCAGCUCUGUUGCUGUUUAGAAAUGAUGAGAUAACUCUUACCCCAAGGAAUGAUUAGUAUAAUUGGGUGCUUGCAUAUAAUUCUUUCUCUAGCAAUGUAGAAUAGUUGCCGUCAAAGUGCUUCAAAUUUGAUUCGAAAAUAAGCGGAUCACUAAAUUGGUGAUGAUCCCUUCAGCUAAUAAACGUCUACAAUGUCGAUGGAAUGAAUCACUGUCUUAAACACAGACAUUUUAUAGAAGUACGUUUGAUUCUAAAAUAUGUCUCGCAUAUAAAGUAGUAUAACAUGACGUAAAUUUGUGGUGAAUGGACCUCCUUGUUGUAUGUUACUAACAAUUCGUACAAAGAUGUUAACAACACCUGCAUUAUUCAAACGUUUUGGGAAUAAAGGUGUAUCUAGAUGGCCAUUUUAUUAUAAGUACGCAUCAAGCUACGAUCUGUUUAAUGAAAAAUGCUGGUACUCCAAGGGCCCGCAUAAGAAAGCUUCUAAUAAUAAUAAUAAAGCAUCCGAAGUUGACUUUAUUUUCUGCAACGCAAGUAGUAUAUAUCAAUGAUGUGACGUUAUUAUGCAUGUAUGUUUGACUAUUUGUGUUGUUGCUUUUAGAACCUCACUUUCUAUUUUGAAUAGUGUGCUUAUUACGAAUAAACGAAACAAAUCAA